AUGACAGAUAGCAGUGCUCAUUGUAUUUGGGAAGAUAGGAAUAGAAAAGCGUUGGAUGGAGCAAACUUCCUAAGCAUGAGCGCAAUAUGGUUUCUUAAGAAAGAGUAUGGUCAAGAUUUCGCAUCAAAGGGUGCACGCAAGUAUUUUAAGAAGGUGAAGAAUGCUCAAGAGGCCCAUGAAGCAAUCAGACCUACCAAUAUUCAGAUUUUACCAUGUAAAUCAAAAACUUUUCAAGCUGGAUGA